AUGCACGCUUGGCAGACUAUCUUGGCCGUAGCCCUAGGCUGCCACCUUGCCAACGCCGCCGAGUGGAGGAUACAAGCUGCCGCGAUCGUCACCGGAGCUCUCAUUCCUCGACAGGAGCAAACAUGCCCCGAAGCAACAGAAACAUUGUGCAGAGAUGGGACUGGGGGAUGUUGCCCUUCUGGCUCUGCUUGCACAUUUAUAUUAGGCAAACCUAGGUGCGCAACUGGCUGUAAUGGCGGUCCCAAUUGUGCCGAUGGAGGCUGCUGUAAUAUUGGAUAUAACUGCCCUACACUUGGCGGCAACUUUUGUCAACAAGCAACCAAUUUCAUUCCCGCGCCUAUUCCAACUAUGACGAUCCCACCUUCCCUUACGUUUCCAACUGAGACUGCGGAAGCUCCCACUACUGAGAGUGCUUCGGAGCCUACGAUUACUUCUAUCUCUACAAGUAUCUUGGAGCCUUCCAGCACAUCGGAGUCAAGUAGCACGUCGGAGCCAAGCAGCACGUCGGAGCCUUCCAGCACGGAGCCGACCAUUACAGCUGCCUCAAGCACCAAUAUUGUGACUUCGUCGUCUAGCCCAGGAGAUACAUCAAAUACUGCGUCUGAAUCAUCUGAACCGUCUCAAUCAUCCGACUCCCCAUCGGCGACGGAAUCAUCCACAGAUAACGCGACUCUCGCGGCAGCAACACCAGAAACUGCCUCCGGUAUUGCCGGCUCAUUGUCGGCGAGCUGGGAUUCAUGGAUGGCGUUGGCUAUUAUGGCGCCUUUCAUUUUGUGA